AUGGCAACCGGUGACGUUGGCGGUGCAGAGAGCGCGCUUGCAAAAGCGAUAGUUGCCGCGUUGGGCGCGAAGACUGCUAGAGUGGGCGUAAAAGUACCUCCAUUUUGGGCAGAAAAACCAGCUGUUUGGUUCGCUCAAUUAGAAGCCCAAUUUGCUUUGGCUAACAUUACCACUGACCAAACAAAAUUUUAUGGAAAUUUGGAACCUCACAUAGCAGAGCAUAUAGAUGACGUCAUCCAAAAUCCACCCGAAAGUAACAAAUAUGAGAAACUCAAGACCGAACUAAUCAAGCGUUUGUCAGUUUCACAGCCGAAGAAAGUUCAGGCACUGUUGUCACACGAACAGCUUGGAGACCGGAAGCCAUCUACAUUCCUGCACCACCUUAAAGACCUGACAGGUCCAGAUGUAACCAACGAAUUCAUCCGCAACGUGUGGACCAAUUGUCUUCCAGUCAACAUACAGCCACUGGUAAUCUCACAAUCUUCUAUGACUCUGGAAGACCUGGCAGACUUGGCUGAUCGUGUAUUUGAAAUCGUGCCGAUGAAUCCAGUUGGCCUGGUCGCAAGUACUUCAGCUGCGGGGAGUGAGUUAGAGGUAAUGCAUAGCGAAUUAGCGGAAGUUACUCGCAAAUUAGAUAGAUUGGCCGUCCAGAAGGAGUCACGUAAAUCUAACCGCUCCACCAACAGCUGGAAAUCUCAUUCUCGCAGUAAGUCCAGAAGCAAGGCACGUAGCCGCCCAUACCGCACCGAAGGAGGACGCCGCCUGUGCUGGUAUCAUUGUACCUUCAAAGAGAAAGCUCAACACUGCUCAUCACCUUGUGAUUUCUCCUCGGAAACAGUCGCUAAUGACAGCAAGCGAUUGUUGCAGUAUUUCCAGCCAUCUGUUUGUCACAGACCUCUGUUCCAAGCGUAG